ACAAAUAGAAGGAGGGCGGGGAGGGAGCUGCGAAAUCUCACUGUGCUCUUUGGAUCUGACAAAUAGAAGGAGGAGGGCGGGGAGGGAGCUGCGAGAUCUCACUGUCCUCUUCUCCUCGUCGGGCCGGGGGUGGCGAUCUCUCGGCGAGGUUUUGGAUUUGGAGGUGGCGGCGCUGGCUUGCCGAGGUCAAGGAAGGUGGAGAAUGGCGGCGGUCGCGGAGGCUCCUGCUCCCCGCGACUCCGGGAAUCUCAAUCAGAACGAGGGCCCGUCGCCGGAUGACGCCGUGAUCUUUUUCGGGAUAUCGCUCUUGCUCGGAAUAGCAUCGAGGCAUCUACUGAAUGGGACGCGCGUCCCCUACACUGUCGCGCUGCUCAUCCUCGGCAUCGGCCUUGGAUCCAUCGAAUAUGGAACAAACAUUGAUUUAGGAAAAUUAGGAUCUGGCAUCCGUCUUUGGGCAAAUAUUAAUCCUAAUCUUCUCCUAUCUGUUUUCCUUCCCGCUCUUCUUUUUGAGAGCUCAUUUUUAUUGGAAGUUCAUCAAAUAAAGAAAUGCUUGAUGCAAAUGCUGCUGCUUGCUGGACCAGGUGUUCUCAUAUCAACCUUUUGCCUUGGGGCAGCUGUGAAGGUUACCUUUCCCUAUGGUUGGGAUUGGAAGACAUCAUUGCUUUUGGGAGGGCUUCUUAGUGCUACUGAUCCUGUUGCUGUUGUCGCAUUACUGAAAGAACUUGGAGCAAGUAAAAAGAUGAAGACAAUAAUUGAAGGAGAAUCCCUCAUGAACGAUGGGACUGCAAUUGUUGUAUUCCAGUUAUUCUACCAAAUAGUCAUGGGUCAGAGCUUCAAUGUGGGUGAAAUUAUUGAAUUUAUAUCAAAAGUUUCACUUGAAGCUGUAGCUAUGGGCCUAGCUUUUGGAAUAGCAUCUGUGAUAUGGUUGGGUUUCAUAUUCAAUGACACAGUUAUUGAGAUCACACUGACUCUAGCUGUCAGCUACAUUGCUUUCUUCACGGCUCAAGAUGGGGCAAAUAUUUCAGGUGUCCUAGCUGUGAUGACUUUAGGAAUGUUUUUUGCAGCUUUUGCUAGAACAGCAUUUAAGAGCGAUAGUCAAAGAAGUUUGCAUCAUUUUUGGGAAAUGGUCACUUACAUUGCAAACACAUUAAUAUUCAUCUUAAGUGGAGUGGUUAUUGCUGAUGCUAUAUUCCACAAUGAAGGCCAUUUUGAAAGGCAUGGGAGUUCGUGGGGCUAUGUAAUGUUGCUCUAUGUUUAUCUUCAACUCUCGCGGAUCAUUGUUGUGGGGUGUUUGUAUCCCUUUUUACAAUACUUUGGCUAUGGUAUUACAUGGAAAGAGUCCAUAGUUCUUAUCUGGUCAGGAUUGAGAGGGACUGUUGCAUUGGCUUUGUCACUUUCUGUUAAACGUAACAGUGACAACUUGAAUCAAACAAUUCUCACACAAGAGUUAGGGAUCCUGUUUCUAUUCUUUACUGGUGGGGUUGUUUUCUUGACAUUAAUUGUGAAUGGAUCAACUGUACAGUUCUUGCUUCAUUGUCUAGGCAUGGAUAAACUGUCGACAGAAAAGAUUCGUGUACUAAACUUUGCAAAGUACGAAAUGCGGAACAAGGCCUUAGAAUCUUUCAGUGAUCUUAGAGAUGAUGAAGAACUUGGGCCUGCUGAUUGGCCCACUAUCAUUAAGCAUAUUACAUGCUUAAAUAACUCAGAUGAAGGUCAAAUACACUCCCAUAAUGUUGGGGAGGGUGAGUCUUACUUGCAGACAAUGAACCUGAGGGACAUUCGUGUGCGUUUUCUGAAUGGUGUUCAGGCUGCUUAUUGGGGAAUGCUUGAUGAGGGAAGAAUAACACAGUUUACAGCAAACCUCUUGAUGCAAUCUGUCGAUGAGGCUAUGGAUUUGGUAGCAAGUGCUCCUCUAUCUGAUUGGAAGGGUUUAAAUUCCAGUGUUCAUUUCCCAAAGUAUUAUAGGUUCCUUCAUAUGAGAAGACUUCCACGGAGGGUGGUCACAUAUUUCACUGUGGAACGGUUGGAGUCUGCAUGCUAUAUAUGUGCAGCAUUUCUUCGUGCCCAUAGUAUAGCCAGGAGGCAACUUCAUGAUUUUCUUGGUGAGAGUGCAAUUGCUACUGCUGUCAUCGAUGAAAGCAAUGAAGAAGGUGAGGAAGCUCUAAAAUUUUUGGAAGAUGUUCGCCUAGCAUUUCCCCAGGUCCUCCGUGUUGUCAAGACAAGACAAGUAACAUAUUCUAUACUGAAACAUCUGAGUGAAUAUGUGAAAAAUCUUGAGCAAGUUGGACUACUGGAAGAAAAGGAGACUUUUUAUCUAUAUGAUGCUCUGCAGACUGACCUAAAAAAGCUUCUAAGAAAUCCACCUAUGGUUAAAAUGCCAAAAAUCAGUGAGCUGUUAAGUUCACAUCCUUUGCUUGGUGCAUUACCCUCUAGUUUCCAUGAGCCUCUUGAAAAUUCAACCAAGGAAACAAUAAAACUUCAUGGUGAAAACUUGUAUAAAGAGGGUUUGAAGCCCACUGGAAUAUGGCUCAUAUCAAUUGGAGUGGUUAAGUGGACAAGUAAGAAGUUGACAAAUAAGCAUGCUUCGCAUCCAACCUUCUUACAUGGAACUACUUUGGGAUUAUACGAAGUGCUAAUUGGGAAGCCAUAUAUUUGUGACAUGGUUACUGAUUCUGUUGUCCAUUGUUUUUUCAUUAACUCUGAAAAAAUACUAUCACUGCUAAGAUCAGAUCCAGCUAUUGAAGAUUUUCUUUGGCAGGAAAGUGUUAUAGUUGUUGCUAAAACCAUACUUCCUCAAAUAUUUGAGAAAAUGACAAUGCAAGAAUUGAGAAAUCUUAUUGCUGAAAGAUCGAGUAUGAACAUAUACAUAAGAGGAGUAAUAGAAAUCAGACCAAGGUCUGUUGGUUUUUUAUUAGAUGGAUUUCUAAAGACUCAAGAUUCAACUGAACAGUUGAUAGCAUCCCCAGCUGCAUUACUUCCCUUACACAUGGAACAAAGCUUUAUUGGUUUAGAGUCAUCAGGCAUGAACAAUCUCAGCUUUUGUCAUGCUGCCUCUGGCUACCAGGUAGAAACAAAGGCUAGGGUGAUCUUUUUUGACCUUGCUGUGCCAGAGACUGAGGCUUCUCUUUCAAAGAGAUCCGCUUCAUGGAUUUCUCUCCCCGGUCAACCUCAAAGAACUCUAAGCAAGGAGCAUGCCGGCUUGCUCAGCUGGCCAGAGAAUUUGUUCAAGGGGAGAGGAGAUCAUCAGAAUCCUAAAGAAUCCGACAAGCAAACAGCUAGUUUACCAGCUUAUGGGAGCUUGGCCAAUAUCCCAAGCAGCUAUUGCAGAAAUGACCCGAUGGGUUCAUCAGUGAAUCGUUCAUACAGCCUGUCAUACCCUAGACUUCCAUUGCGAUCGGUGAACGAUACCAGAACUCUUGUGUCAGUUCAAUCAGAAAGCAGUAGUCUCAAAAACAGGCUAGCUCCAGCAGGAUCUGCUAGCAGAUUGGGCACAGACCCUCCAUUACCAAUCAGAAAGGAUGGUGAAGAUAACUCGAGUGACGAAUCAGGAGGUGAGGAAGUCAUUAUCAGGAUUGAUUCCCUCAGUAAUCUAUUCUUCUGCCAGACAUCUGAAACUUCAAACGCUCAAAAUAGGUAAAGUAUACAGGUACUUGCUCCUAAAUAUUGUGUGUAUUAUAUGUUGUUUACACCUCCAAAUACACUCCUUGUAUAUCCUUUAUAAGAGCAAAAUGCACAUUGCUCCUCUCCCUAAACUUGAGAUCACCAUGAAAUAAGUAUUUCCACCUAAUUUUACUGAACCGCAUACAUGUUUCCAUACUA